AAAACUCCCCUUGUCACUCAUCCCGCUUACUUUCAACUUACUUUCGUGGUCCGGAGCUGAGCCCGUCGGACACAAGACAUCUACGAACGCGUCCCUAAGGUCAGCUGCUUCACGUUAAGCAAAAUCUGACUGUCGUCACGCAUGGCUGCUACAAACUACGAAGGAGGGAGCAAGGUCAACCCGGUGCAAAUCACGGAAGAUGAAGCUGCGGUCUACGACCGUCAGAUACGAUUAUGGGGCCUUGAGGCACAACAAAGGAUGCGGAAUGCGACAAUACUUGUUGUGCGCCUGAGGGGAACGGCUACCGAGGCAAUCAAGAACAUCGUGCUAGCAGGCAUUGGCAAGCUCAUUAUAGUGGACGAAGAUGAUGUAAGCGAGGAAGACCUUGCGGCAGGUUUCUUCUAUAGGGAUGAGGACGUAGGCAAGAAGAGAGUUGAAGCUGCCAAAGCCAGGAUAGAGAACCUGAACCCGCUAGUAACGGUCGUUUCGUCGCCACAAAUCUCCUUAUUGGAUGCAGAGAAACUAGAUGAGAUUGUGCAAGACGUAGACCUGGUCUGUGUCACCGACUGGGACCGGAAAGGACUGUGCCAAAUUAAUGAGACAUGUCGACGCUUUGGAAAGCCCUUCUAUGCUGGCGGAACGUUUGGUCUAUUAGGCUACAUCUUCUGCGAUCUGUUAAAACAUGAUUACAUUACACCCGAUCGAACUUCACAAAAAGAUGGCCCCAAAAAUGUGAAAACUUCCGCCCUCUAUCCGCCGUUGCACCUUGCCCUGCGACACCGGUGGUCAGGUCUUACCAAGCGCCAGACGAAAGAACUGAAUCCUUCGUUAAUUCAUACAAUUUUAGCAAUAUGGGAAUACCAGGAGCAACACUCCGGAAGCCUGCCCGAUGAUAUCGAUGCAACCCCGGAACUUGAGGCUAUUGCUAACCAGGUACUCACGGCAUCCGAGGUCAACAAGCUGGUUCUCAGCUCUAUGCCUAAAGAACUCAUUCAGACGAUGUCUACUACCGCUGCCCAUGAAUUUUCUCCUGUCUGUGCUGUUGUUGGUGGUAUGCUGGCGCAAGAUAUCUUGAAGGCUUUAGCCGCCCGUGAAGCACCGAUAGCCAACUUUUUCACAUUCGAUGGUAACACGGGUGGUGGCACAGUGUGUAGGAUGAACAUGUAGCCGCUUGGGAAACCGCUUCUGCUCUUGAUUACUUGAACAUAUAUUCAUAAUUACUUAUUUCUGACU